AUGAUGUAUGGCUGCACAUUGGUCAUUAGAUGGAUUCGUUCAACUUACAAUAUUUACGCCACCAUUUGUGAUAUUACUUUGCAGACUAUUAAUUUAUAUUUUACAACACAACUAAUUAUAUACGUGAACAGUCGUGAAAAUGGUACAUCCCAUUUAUUAUACGCUAAUCCAUUGAGCUACGUGGCAACAUAUUUGAACGGAAUAUUAGCGGCUAAAACGUGUUUAAUGUUAUCACUUGUUGUGGCCGUCAAUACCAUAAUUGGAUACUUGAGAGCGUCUGCACUGUUGGGCGAACUCCCGGUCUUCAGUGCGUGGGAGAGGUGUUCAACCGAUUUGUUCGUAUCGUUGCUCUCGUGUUAUGCCGUUAUAUACUGUCGCGAAAGUGGGGGCCGUUUAACCCGAGUCAUGUCCGCCCGGUAUUGGCGACCAAUGCGUGCCUCACAGCAGACAUUAGGCCAAUUUCAUGUCCCACUAUUAAUAACCCUGACGUCCAUUUUGCCCGAACAGCACAUUAUAUCACCGCUUAUUGUUUUGCUGCUAUUUUGCAGCAUUUUUAUUGUGACGAUUCCAUUAGCGCUGGUGUUUGAGUUACCGGCGAUUAAAUUGCAACAAAUGGUAUCCAAAUAUCUGUUUGAAAACCAAAAUGAGACGACAAAAGUCAAGAAAUCAAAAUAA